UCAGACAGACUAGCGGAGUCAUAUGUUACACGACAAGCUUGCUCAGUUUGAAUCCUGACAUGGGCCCAGACCUUGAACCUGCCCGGAUUUGUGCGGAUUUCGGGCCGGGUGACCCGUGGCCAUGUAUUAGAAAGGUACAAUUCCCUCCCUCAAAAGCUGUUCCUCAAUUUCCACCACUGUAUGUAUUCAUUCCCAUCCAAGUACUCAAAGAUUCCCCUAACCCUCGAAUUUAACCGCUAAAAGCUCAACAAUUUCUGACGAGCAGCCAACGGGCUAAAGGAUCCGGCGAGUGAAAAAUGGACCUAGAAACCCGCACUAAAAUCGAACAGACAGUUUUGGGAAUCCUGACGAAUUCGAAUAUGGAUGAGACAACAGAGUACAAGAUCCGGAAAUCAGCAUCCGAGAAGCUGGGCAUGGACCUUUCCGAACCCACCCGGAAGAAAUUCGUCAGGGAGAUUGUCGAAGCCUACCUUAGGGCACAACAGGCCGAAGCAGAGGAAGAGGAAGCCAAAGAGGAGGAUAACAACGAAAACAAAGGCGGUAGAGAGUAUGACGAUGAGGGCGGGCUCAUUAUUUGCCGCUUAUCGGAUAAGAGAAGGGUGACGUUAUCUGAGUUCAGGGGGAAGACUUUGGUAUCAAUUAGGGAGUAUUACAAGAGAGAUGGCAAAGAGCUUCCAACAGCCAAAGGUAUAAGUUUGUCAACUGAACAAUGGAUGUCAUUCAAGAAGAAUGUGCCCGAAAUCGAGAAGGCCAUCAAGAAAAUGGAAUCUAGGUGAAGAUUAAUACGGCUUUCUAACUUGAAGGAGACUCAUUUUGUGAUUGGUCCUGCAAAUGGUUAAGACCUGUUCUGAUCUUGUUCUGGGAUGGUUUUGGAUACUGGUCACUCAGAAGUGCUUCUACAUUUGACGCUGAUAUAGAAAAUAAAUCAGUGUUCUUAUUUUGCUCAUGUAUCCCUCUUGAACAUGACAUCAUUUCCUUAUUUGUGGCAUAUCUUUAAUUUGGAAUUUCCGCGUAAAUGAAUCUUGGACUUGUAUUUCUCCUGCUUUUAUUCCUUCUUUAUCCCUUUUGUAUUGAUGUUUUUAAUGGUUAUGUUAAGGCGACUCUUGUGAUGAUUAAUCGAAUUUGGGCAUCAUCUAAUAAGAGUCAUGUGCAUUAGUGUCUUGACCUCAAUAUCAAGCUUAUUGUCCAACAGAUCAGCCUUCAUCUUUUUAGGGUAGGUUUGGAUGCAUAGAUCGAGUCUGAUAUCACUUGAGUUUGUAUUAUUUCUAUAAGUUUAAUGUGUUUG